AUGGCUUAUAAACUCCAAAAACAUUUGGAGGAGUAUGUGGAAUUCAUGAUUUUUGAAAAGUCCCCGGAUUUGGGUGGGACCUGGUAUGAGAAUCGGUACCCAGGCUGUGCCUGUGAUGUGCCCAGUCACGUUUACCAGUUCUCAUUUGCACCCAAUCCUGACUGGUCUGAGUUCUAUGCAUCUUCGACUGAGAUUCAGAACUACCUGAAAAAUGUUGCAAAGCACUUUGAUCUGGAACGUUAUAUUCAUUACAACUGCGAAGUGACAAGCGCCACGUGGGACGAGACCAAGGCAACUUGGGCUGUAGAUAUUAAAGAUUACGGGACAGUUGAGAGUGAGAUUCUCAUCAACGCUGGCGGCAUUCUGCACCAUCCACAGAUGCCAACAAUCAGCGGGCUGUCAUCUUUCGAGGGUCCCUUGCUGCACACUGCUCGCUGGGAUUCAGCUAUCGAUUUGAAGGGUAAACGUGUCGCAAUUAUCGGGGCAGGCGCUAGUGCCGUGCAACUACUUCCCAAAAUCCAGCCUCUCUGCGAGGACGUUGACAUCUACAUCCGCACUCCGUCGUGGAUAUGUCCACCAGCUGGGCAGCAAGCGUCUGACAACAAGAAUCCGCAGUACAGUGAAGACGACAAACAAGGAUUCCGUCAGAAUCGAGAUUCUUAUUUAGAGAUGCGCAAAGGCCUCGAAAGCCCGUUUAACUCAAACUUCAAAGCAUUCAUCAAAGGGAGCCUCGAGCAAACAGGGCUUCGGAAGAAGUUCGAAGUACGCAUGAAAGAGCUUAUUCAUGAUGAAUACCUGCAGUCAAAGUUCAUUCCAACAUUUGAGGUCGGAUGCCGGAGGACCAAUCCUGGUGAAGCAUAUCUCCUGGCACUCCAGGAGGGGAAUGUUCAUCCAAUUUUUGAUCCAAUCUCAGAAAUCGUCAAGGAAGGUGUUACAACCGAGAUAGAAAACGGCUCUCGGGUGAUACGUGAAGUAGACGUGCUCAUCGCCGCAACGGGAUUCAACACCAGCUUCAAGCCAAGAUUUCCUAUUAUUGGCCGAGACUCAAUGAACCUUCAAGAUAAAUGGAGCUCGGAUCCCGUUUCAUAUCUCGGCACGGGGGUCUCAGGCUUCCCCAAUUACCUGAUGUUUCUGGGUCCCAAUACUCCUAUAUCAAAUGGCAGUUUAAUGGGUCCGUUGGAAGCCACUAGUGACUAUUUCAUCCGCAUUUUACGAAAGCUCAUACGUGAGCGCGUGCGCUCGUUCGAAAUCCGCCAAGAGGUCGAGCAAGAUUUCGAUUGCCAUACAGUGGAGUUGAUGAGAGACAUGGUUUGGACAGGAUCUUGCCGUAGCUGGUUCAAACCUACCAACGGGAAAGUGACUGCUCUGUACCCGGGGAGCUCUCUACAUUACAUGCAGACUCUCUCAGAAAACCGCUGGGAGGAUUACAUUUGGACUUACCAAGGCCGUACUCGGUUUGAAUACUGGGGAGCUGGACUAUCGUGGAUCGAAGAGCCAGAGCGAGAUCCAUUGGGAAUGGCCGAACGAGAGACUUUUGCCCAGACGACAUCUGUUCCAAAGAAGGGCUCAGAUCAUAGCUUUUAUAUUUGGGAUGGUGAGCCAUUACCAAGCAAAAGUGGGCGUUCCAAGGGAAAUGAGGCUUCUCUCUUGACUUUAUCUCACGAGUUUUGA